AUGUACCAUGGUCUCCGCUUCCCUCCACUCUCCCCCGAUUUCGAAACUCCCCAACUCUUCCAGAAGACACCUUUUGAGGACGGAGGAACAUCACGGCACUCAUCCUCAUCCUGGACAUCUGGCCCCGGCAACGAUAUUUCGCCAUUUAGCUCCACCGCCCCGGUCCACGCCGCCGAAAGUCACCGUCACUUCACCGCCUACACACCGGUUAGCACUGCCGGCCGCACCCUUAGCAUAAGCAGCAGCGCCAGCAGCGCCGGCUCCAACCCCAGCACUACCCCGACUGCCCACGCCCACUCCCACCCAACCGGGCUUAUCGCCAGGCCUCCAGCUCGCCGUCGAAUCCCCUCGAUACUCCUAAACCGCCCGCUCUCCGCGGGCGAUAUCGCCGCACGCAUCGCGUCCCAUGCUACGCAUUUUUCUCCCAACCCGAACCUGCCCACCGUCGACCCCUCUUUCCGGUUGUCUUCGUCGCCGCUUCCUCUAAGCAACAUCUCUCGCGAGUGGUCGCCCGAGGCAAACGACAACGACGCCGACGAUAAAAGUUUUCAGGAACGAGCCCGCAAAGGCUACGCACGGGAUCGCAACACCUCCGCCGUCGGCAAGCAAGGGGACCGGAAACCUCCAUCAGGCCCCACGGCAACCACUAUGCAGGAUGACCAGGGCUUCGGCCAUCCAGACUUCCUCGGCGCGACGGCCACUCCCCACCAGCAGCACUCUGGUGACCUAACGGCAGCCUUCGCCGCCUCCGGCCACGAUGUCUUCGGUUACCCACUGUCCGCGGGCGCCGCACCUGCUUCGUACUGGGAUCCUUCAGUAUCUAUGACGGCCAUGGACUUGGAUUUUGCGCAAGCCGCAGCCCAAGAAGGGAAGGCCCUUGGCCCCAAGCCGAGCAGACCCAGCGCUGAGAUACCAGUCUCGGGCGACUUAGCGGGCCCUUACCUGGCCGGCAGUGACGCCGCCUUCACCCUGAGCCCCAGCGGUGGUGUGGACCCAGGCCUCUUAUUUAGCCGCCCUCCCUCGUCGGGCAUGGACGUAAGCUUCAACCAAGCCGGCCACGCUGACCCCGCCGAGACUAGCCGAACCCGCACCUGUAGCGCCGAGUUCCGCCGAUCCCUUGAGAAGAUCAUUCAGCUACAAAGAGCCGACGAGGCGUGGCAGGAGGGAGCCUGCUAG